AUGCAUAGGCUGGAGGUGCGGAAGCAGCUGUGGAAGCUCACGCCAUCGAUCGAGAAGAUGUUCAGCGAUCUGGACAAAGACGAGGACAACGCGAUUCUCAGAGAGGACCUGAUGAACAUGGACCCGGCGUCCUUCAGGAUCCCGAGCGACUUGUCGCACAUCGUGAAGGCCGACCAGUUGAUGGACCUCUUUGACUUCUUCGACAUGGACCGUAGCGGCAAGGUCGAGCAGGAAGAGUUCGUGGAGGGCGUCUUCCACCUGGCGCUGUCCAACGUCCCCGCUGAGACCACGCAGACCUUGCAUAUCCUUCGCAUGAUUCAGAGGCGCCUGUGCUUCAUGGAGAACUCGAUUGAGACCCUCAUCCAAGACAGGAGCACGGACAACACCGGCAUGCAGGCCGACGACCCCACUUACUGA